AUGGCUGUCCAUACACAACUACAAUUUCUUCUUCUUCUUCUCUUCUCUCUGUUUACCCCUUUCGCAACACCACUAACCUUCAAUUUCUCCACCUUCCCCAAUGACACCACCUCUUUAUUCAUCGAAGGAGAUGCUUAUUAUACCGACGGCAAACGCCUCCGGCUCACCAAAACCGCCAAAGAACCUAAACUGGCUGGCAACAUCGGUCGAGCCACGUACAGCGAACCAUUCCUUCUCCGGGGGAAUGACUCGGGAAAACUGAGACUUGCAGACUUCACCACGCACUUUGCAUUUGUCAUUGACUCUCAAGGCAACAAAUCCUACGGUGACGGGUUCGUGUUCUUCUUGGCGCCAAAAGGAUCCGUACUCAACAGUAUACUAGGAGGUGGCGGCAAGCUUGGCCUCCCCGUCGCAGACCUUCCAGGAGGGAAUGAGUACCCUUUUGUGGCGGUGGAGUUUGAUAUCUACCAGAAUCCACCGCCAACCUACCUCGACCCCCCAUACGAUCAUGUCGGGGUCGAUGUCAACAAUCUCAGGUCUAACAUUACCAUGGCUUGGUCUGGAGAUAUUCCGAAUGCGAAAAUCAACAAUGCUUCGAUUAGUUAUAAUUCCAGCUCAAAAACUCUUACUGUUGCAUACACCACUUUGGUGAAUGAUACAGCUGGUAUCCAAAAGCAAGUGAUGAGAUAUCUUCGUUACGUGGUUGAUCUGAAACAGUACUUGCCCGAUUGGGUAAUUGUGGGGUUCUCUGCUGGAACCGGUGAUAGGGUUUCUUUGCCUGAAAUCAUCUCAUGGAAUUUCACUUCGACUUCUAUUGUUGAUGAGUUUGUUGAUUCGAAAGACACUACACCACCAGCUGCACCCAACCCUGAUACUGUUGAUGAACACAAGUCAAGAAAUAACAAUAUACCGUUACUUGCUGUGGGGCUAGGUGUUGGUUUAAGUAUCUUGGUGGCUGCGUUGGCUUUGGUUUGGUUCAUCUUUCGGAGGAAGAGCGUUGCAGGGAGAAAUGUUGAAGACACUAUGAUGGUACUAGAUGAUGAGUUCGAAAGGGGAACAGGCCCAAUGAAGUUUAUGUACAGCGAGUUGGCUCGAGCCACGAAUAAUUUUGAUGAAGAAGAGAAGCUUGGAGAGGGAGGAUUCGGUGGAGUCUAUAGAGGAUUCAUAAGAGACUUAAACGCAUAUGUAGCGGUUAAGAGGGUCUCCAAGGGAUCCAAACAAGGGCUAAAGGAGUACGCAGCCGAAGUCAGGAUCAUAGGUCGACUAAGGCAUCGAAACCUUGUGCAACUCAUUGGUUGGUGUCACGAAAACGGGGAGCUCCUUCUUGUGUAUGAGCUCAUGCCCCAUGGAAGUUUAGAUUCUUACUUGUUCAAAGCGAGAAGCUUCUUGAAUUGGGAGGUAAGAUACAAAAUUGCUCUUGGCUUGGGCAGCGGUUUGCUUUAUCUACAUGAAGGAUGUGAACAGUGUAUACUGCACAGGGAUAUCAAAGCAAGCAAUGUUAUGUUGGAUUUGAAUUUCAACGUAAAGCUUGGAGACUUCGGAUUAGCUAGACUUGUGGAGCACGAAAAAGGGUCGCUAACGACGGUUGUGGCUGGAACUAGGGGCUACAUGGCUCUUGAUUAUGUUGUCUCAGGCAAGGCUAGCAAGGAGUCAGAUGUGUAUAGCUUCGGAGUAGUUGCUCUGGAAAUAGCUUGCGGGAGAAAAUCCAUGGAUUUCGAUUUGGAAAAUAGUAGGAUCAACUUAGUGGACUGGGUGUGGGGGCUAUAUGGAGAAGGGAAACUUAUUGAAGCAGCUGACCCAAAAUUGUGUGGAGAUUUUGAUGAAAGACAAAUGGAGUGUCUGAUGAUUGUUGGGUUGUGGUGUGCUCACCCAGAUUAUACUUCCAGGCCUCCGAUACAACAAGCGAUUCAAGUGCUUAACUUCAAGGACCAAUUGCCCACUCUCCCAGCAAUCAUGCCAAUGGCCCCUUCUUUUGCUCGUCCAGUUAUGACAUUUAGUGAUACCAUUAGUGGUUCUGAAACAGCUUGUGCUAUUAAGGUUUGUGGGAAAAGUUGGGAUACCUACUUUAGAUAUGUUUGUCUUCUGCUUUUAGAGAAAAACUUUGCAUGUCCUGGUGUAUUCUCUGUCUUUAUGUCUCUCAUCACCUCGUACAGAAUGGAGAAUGGCGUUAUAUCCACUAUACAGGUGCAGAAUUCUAUGAUUUCUUUCAGUGUUAUGGGAUAUAUAAGGGUCCUUGCUCAAACAAUGAUCGGGCUGCCUGCCAAAGUAGAAUUUGUGCAUAGAUCAUUUGAGCAAACAACGAGGAGAGAUGUCUUUGUUUUUGUAUGUACAGAUUUGACAAUUGUCAUUCCGUUAUGGUUUAUUUUCUUCUGCCCUGCUGGACAAGGACUGGAACUGAACCAUGCAUAUAAACUAGCAAACUGGACAAACGUAAAGGUGCAAAUGCUGAAAGAGCUUAUGAAAAUGCAGGCUGGUAGAGUUGUGGGGGUGUUAUAA